AUGUGUUCCCUCGGAAGACUUGGCGGGGAAAGCUCCGGAAGUGAGGGGUAUGACUUUAAUGGUGGCGUGGAUUACGCGGCCAUCAUGCAGCGGAUGUAUACGACGGGGUUUCAGGCGACGCACUUUGGGCAGGCGGUGCGGGAGCUAAAUCGUAUGCUGGACUGGCGCCUUUCAGACGAGCCGCUUACGUCAGCGACGCCUCCCCAGUGGCGAGACCAGCGCUUCCGCGAGUCAGUGAAGGCCAAGAUCUUCUUGGGGUUUACGUCCAACAUGACGUCAUCUGGCAACCGGGAGAUCAUUCGUUACUUGGCACAGCAUAAGCAGGUCGACGUCAUGGUGUCGUCAGCGGGCGGCAUCGAGGAAGACUUCAUCAAGUGCCUGGCGCCGACGUACGUGGGCAGCUUCGAACUAGAGGGGCGGGCGCUGCGCGCGCGGGGGCUCAACCGGACGGGCAACCUGCUGACGCCCAACGACAACUACGUCAAGUUCCACGACUUCGCGUUUCCGGUGCUCAAGCAGAUGCUCAAGGAGCAAGAAGAGGAGAACGAUAUCCGCGUCUACUGUCCCUCGAUCACCGACGGCAGCUUCGGCGAGAUCCUGUACUUCCUGCAUCACCACCAGAGCGAGAUCAGAGGCCCACAGCUAAAGCUCGACUUAUCCGAGGACAUCGUUGCGAUGUCCAACGAGACCGUCAUGAGCCCACCCCAAAAACGCGGUAUUGUCAUUCUGGGCGGCGGACUGGCGAAGCAUCACAUCUGCAACGCGAAUCUCUUGGCCGGGGGGGCUGAUUUUGCGGUUCUCGUAAACACCGCGAACGAGUUCGACGGCUGCGAUUCGGGGGCGCGCACCGAUGAGGCCAAGUCGUGGGGCAAGAUCAAGGACACCGCGCAGGCAGUAAAGGUUUACGCGGACGCUACUCUCGUGUUCCCGCUUCUUGUGGCGGAGACAUUUGCCCCCCGGGUAGUAGCGGCGGCCCGGGGGAUCCCUUCCGAGCGCUGCCAGUGUUAA